AUGUGGUGUGCUGCCUACGUAGUAGCUAUAGGCCUCGUCCUCUGUACAGCACAGGAGGCCGACUACGCCACUGUGCGGGUGUCUGGAGGUCUGGUGCGGGGCUACAGGACGACCAGCGUCCGCGGCACGCCCUACUGGAACUUCCAGGGCCUGCCCUACGCUGCUCCGCCAGUGGGGCCAUUGCGAUUUGCGCUAAUGGAGCGUGGAGGCCAAGCUGGGCAGGGACCAGAGCUUGACGUGCUAGGUGGUGUCAUCUGCAGAUGGCAGCACACUUUGACCCUAACUGAUUGGCGGACACUCUUCAGUGAGCCACAGCCGGCAGCCAGCUGGGAUGACGUCAGGAACGCCACGGAGGAAGCGCCCCAGUGUCUGCAGGUGGGCGACGCUGGGGACGUUGUCGGCGAUGAAGACUGCCUCUACCUCAACGUCUACACGCCAGAGCUGAAUGCUGAUAUACCAAGAACGGUGAUGGUGUGGAUUCACGGAGGAGGUUUCGUAGGAGGUUCACCUUCCAAAUCAGAGUACGGGCCAGACUUCUUCAUGGAUCGGGACGUGGUCGUCACCAGUAUCUCCUACCGAUUAGGUACAUUGGGCUUCCUGAGCCUGGAGGACGAGGUGCUGCCGGGUAACCUGGGCCUCAAGGACCAGACGGCGGCGCUGCGGUGGCUGCGAGACAACGUGGCGGCCUUCGGCGGCGACCCGAAUGCCAUCACGCUCUUCGGCCACAGCGCGGGCUCCGCGUCGGUCGCUCUGCACGUGCUGUCGCCACUGUCCGCAGGGCUGUUCUCACGCGCCAUCGCGCAAAGCGGUCCGCCCGUGGGGUCGGUGACCUUGACGACCGGCGCCCGCGACAAGGCAUUCCGCCUCGCCAGGCUCCUCGGUUACCAGGGAAACGACUCCCAGCAGUUCCUGGAUCUGCUCCGUGCUGCCGACGCGAAAGACUUGGUCGACGUGGAUGAUCGCAUUCUUACAGAAGAGGAGAAGAUGCGCUACAUCCAGUUCGCGUUCGUGCCCAUCGUGGAGCCGGCGCUGGCGGGUGCCUUCCUGCCGGAACCCCCGCAGACGCUGGCCAGGGAGGGCCGCUUCAACCAGGUGCCCUUCAUCACCGGCGUCACCACGGCCGACGGCAACAUGCUGCUGCCCAUGCUGGAAGACCCACAAUGGCUGGAAACGCUCAACACAAACCUGUCGGCCGUCCUCAGCGGUGACUUCCGGGACGUGGACACACCUGAGGAGCAGCAGGACCUCGCCGCCAAGGUCAAGGACUUCUACUUUGGAGCCGGCAAUAACAUCACAGACACACCUGAGGGUCUCCUCAAUGCGUCUAUGAUGUUCACGGACAUUAAAUUCGCCGAGCCGACGGAUUCCACACUGCAUCUCAUGGCCAACGCAUCGUCACAGACUUUUUACUACUAUCAAUUUGCCUACAGAGGUCCAAAUACGCCCUUGCCGCAGUAUCCAGGAGUGGCUCACGGAGCAGAAGUGCAGCUGGAGUUCAUGAGAGAAAACAGUACUGCUGACCUGGACCCAGACUCUGAAGACGGUCGCGUCAGAGACAGAUGGGUUAACAUGCUGACGGAUUUCGCGAAGUACGGGGACCCAAUGGCCAACACGUCAGGCGUGUGGCAGCCCUUCACGCGCACAUCGAGCUAUUACCUGAUAGUCAACACGACGGAUUCCUUGGGCCAGAACAAGGACGAGCAGCGGAUGCAGUUCUGGCGGCAAAACAUGCCACUCUGA